AUGGCUAAAAAGGGCCCUCAAAUUAAUCAUCUCAGUUUUGCAGAUGACAUCAUCAUAUUCUCAUCUGGAAGAUCUCAUACCUUGAAGCUUAUCAUGGAGACACUACAUACCUAUGAGCAUGCUUCAGGCCAAUUGAUCAACAGAGACAAGAGUAACUUCAUGGUACCCUCAAAUGCCUUCAACUCUACUGUUAGAAGAAUCAAGAAAGUUACAGGCUUCAAGCAAAAAAACAGCCCUAUCACAUAUCUGGGGUGUCCUCUUUACAUUGGUAGACAGAGGAUCAUCUAUUAUUCUGAGCUUAUAGCUAAAGUUGUGGCUAGGAUAGCUGGAUGGCAGGCAAAAUUAAUUAGUUAUGGAGGAAGAGUUACUUUGAUUAAGCAUGUCAUCCAAGCACUUCCUAUUCACUUGUUAUCUGCUAGUUCCCCUCCUGCAACCACUAUCAAGCAAAUUCAAAGCAUCACAGCCAAUUUCUUCUGGGGGUGGAAGAAUGAAAGGAGGAAAUAUCAUUGGUCUUCUUGGAAGAAUCUGAGUUAUCCCUAUGAAGAGGGUGGUAUUGGAGUGAGAUUAAUAUCAGAUGUUGCCAAGUCUUUCCAAUACAAAUAA